CCAAGGUGAUGCGCGUCUUCGCGGGGCGGGGAAUGGAAGGGGAGGGGAGGGCUUGAUCGCCGCGCUGGGGUGGCGCCACGCGUGCUUAGCACCAGUUUGUCGCGGGAAAGGAAGAGGGGGGGGAGGCGGCGGAGCGGCGGACUACCCCCGCGAGGGCUCUGCGGAGGGCGGUAGGCCCCGGGCAGGCCCGGCACCCCCAGUCUUGCCAGCAGUGGGCUCACGGCUCGCCCCUGGAGCUAGGAACGGAAUACCGGGCGGGGCCCUGGACUCGGUCCUGGGGGCCUUGAAGAACUAUGGCUCGCUGGACCUCGCGGUGGACCCGUGGCCAGGCUUGACCAGCCUCAGCCUGCCCAGGCAGUGACGAACUGGCCUUGCGAACAGAGGUGAGGUUGCCGCCAUUCAGACGAGUGGUACAGUGCAGUACUUAGAAGCUGCUUUGCCAAAAAGAAUAAGUGCCAGGUUUCGAUAGUCAGAAGUGUUUCAUCGAAAACCAAUGGAAGUACGGAACUUCCCUCGAGACCUGCCGUGUUUUGGAUCGCAGUAUUGCGACCGAACUACUUGCCCCCCGUACGCCCCUUGCCAAAACAGGAGGGGUGAAGAGUUGGGCUGUUGCUCGCGGCCGGGCCUGGCCUCAUUCCAAACUCGCUCUGUCUCUCUCGCACCCCUGCCGGUGGCCCCAUGCCCCCCAUGAUGGCGAGAGAGACAGAGCGACUCGAGCUGCGGCACGUGCGCCGGGCAGGUAGGCCGCCCUUCGUGUUUGGUUGCCAGGGGCUCCGCUAGCUCCGCACCCUCCGCCCGCCAUUCGCCGCGCUGCAGCGCUCAAUGCAUCCCCUCCCCGGCCUUCCCCGCCGCGGGCAGCCGCGGGGCUCCUGUCAAGAGUGCGUGUAAUUUUCCACUUUUCAUAUCGCGACGCGGGAAUAGCGGACAGAGGCCCGCGAGUUACGGAAAUCUGUUGGAGCCUCCAGUGUCCCUUCCGCGCGCAAUGUCGUGUCCCCUCGGUCCCCUCUCCACGAAGCUGCGAAGCUCGUCUCCUCUUCACCCAGCCCCGGUCCAGUGAGACUCAACCUCCAGCGCGCGGCAGUCGGACCGCCAGUCUCCACUCCACAGUCCAAGGCGGCGCCUCAGACCUCAGCAGCAUCAGCAUGGCCCCCUUCUUGGCCUUCGAGAGCCACUUCCAAUGGAUGCAGGUGGAGCGCCGCUGCCGCUGGGGCGCUGAGGGGAGUCCGAGGGGCAGCCCGGAGCCCCUGGCCCUGCACCUCCAGCUGGCCAAGCUGGACCUCUUCAACUUCGACUCGGCGGCGGCCUGGCACAGCCCAGUGGUGCUCACGUCGCCGCGGUCCCUGGCGGCGUGUCGGCGCGCCGGCGUCAAGCCGGUGGAGCUCCUGUACCGCAGCGAGCAGGAGGUGCUGGCGACGCUGCCGCCCGAUGUGCCCUCCAGCGUGCUCAAGGCCGUGCACCGCAGGACGGAGGACGAACGGCAGGCCAAACUGCACGCGUGUCGGGCCAUCCGACACCAGCUGGUGCAGCAGGCCGGUCGCUUUGGCCAGGACUCCAGCCGGGGCUCCAGCAAGGGCUCCAGUCCCCCGCGCCACGUCGGCCACGUCUUCCUGCCUGACUCGCCGAAACGCGACCAUGACGCCGCCCUGGCGGCCCCGCUGUUCCCCGCCAAGAGGGACGUUCUCCAGGCAGCCUCGCCCGAGGGCCCCGAGGGCGACGCCAAGGUGGUCGCCAGGGCCCCGGGGACGCCCCCCGAGGACUGCAGGAAGGACGCCAAAAAGGUCAUCACGUUUAGCGCGCACUGCACGUCGCCGUCGCCGCCGCCCUCGCGGAAGGAGCUCCUCGACAAGGAGAACGCCGCCAGGCUUGCCAACAGGGUGAGCCUCGAACCUGCUCUCGACUCCAGGCAGGGUUCCCGGCCGGAAUGCCGCCUGGAGGCCAAGCCCGUCUCGAGGCUGGACAGGCUGGACGUCGCCCUGGGGGCCAUCAGCCCCAACCUGAGCGCGGCCACCAGCCCGGCCCGCAGCGUGAGGAGCCAGCGCAGCACGCCGUCGACGGACAGGAAGGCGGCGUCCUUGUCCGUCCCGGACUGCGACAGCGGCCGCGGCAGCAGCACCGUCCACAGCGCCGAGCACGGCGUCGUGCACAGCCUGCGCCUGUCCAGGCUGGAGACCGCCACGCCCAGCGACCUGGGCUCCUGGAUGCCGGGGAGCGUGCUGGGCCUCGGCCUCGGCCUGGGCGAGGAGGUGGUGGUGCCGGAGCACGACCGCCGCAUCCUCGAGAGCAUGGCGAUGAAGAAGCAGCAGGAGCGGCGCGACGAGGAGGCGGCCCACCGCGCGCACCUGCAGUGGGAGCAGGAGCGACAGCUGCGGCGGCAGAUGGAGCUGGAGCGCGCGGCCAAGUGGCAGGCGAGCGUCAACGCGAGGCGGCAGUGGGAGGCCAAGGAGAACGCACGCAGGAUGGAGGCCGUGAAGCGCAGCCUGCGCCUGGCGCAGCAGCGACUGGAGGAGAGCAUCCGCCUCAAGGAGGAGAGGGUGCAGCUGCGCGUGCUGGAGGAGGACGUGCAGAGGAUGGUGCUGCAGGGCGAGCGGAGCAAGGAGUACGCGGCGCGGCGCCUCGAAGUGGAGGAGAAGCUGCUGCACAUCCAGGAGGGCGAGCGCAGCUACCGCCGCCUGCUGGACGAGGAGCUGCGCCUGGAGCGCGAGGCCAAGCACUCGGACGCGCGCGCCCUGCACGCCGACCUGGAGCACGGCCUGCAGCUGUGGCGCGAGCGCUGCGCCGCCCUGCGCGAGAAGGCCGCCCUGCGCGCCCAGGAGCGCGCCCUGGAGCACCGCGAGUACGUGCGCGCCAAGCUGCACCGCAGCAACCAGCGCCGCCGCCGCCAGCACCGCGUGCUGCACGCCAGGGUCCUGGCGGAGGAGGAGUGCCGGCAGCGUGCGCAGCGCGGGGAGAUCCGCGACAAGGACCAGCGCAUCCGCCAGCUGCGACGCCUCAAGGAGCGCGCCGUCGAGGAGUCCCGCGAGCAGGCCUACGCCACGGCCAGCCUGCGCGAGGAGCUGCGGAGGGCCCUGUCGCCCGAGACGUUCGAUCGCAAGGCGGCGCGGGUGCAGCUGGAGAUGAGGAUCUCCACGGGGAGGGCGUGCGCGUCCAGCCUCAGCCCGGAGCCCACCAACCGGUCGCACAUCUUCCUGGGCUAAGGCCGAGGGCUUCCAGGCCUCUCGCCAGGCCUGCAGCCCGACGCCCGCCCACAUCCGUCUCAAUCGUUCUUCCCUGUCGUCGACGCGACGGCCGCUCACCUUCUAACUUCAGUUUUUACCAGGCUACUUUCGUAGCAGUGCACUCCGUGGGAAACGGUGUCCAUUUGUAUCGAGUUUGAAAUAAAUUUUUGAAAAAACUUAA